AUGGAGACUCGCUCUAUAUUCAUAGCUGUAAUACUCUCAAUCACCUCCUAUAUCAAAGCGGAGGAUUAUAAAGCUCCCCGUCUCAAAACGCUCGCUACUAUCGAACAGGAAUGCGCUGGAUACUUGCUGCUGUCCAACGAAACGCUUCGGAGUUACAUUGCAGCAAGUUUCCCCAAGGACUCCACAGUACAAAAGCUUGUUCAUUGCUUCUUGGUUAACAUGAAUGCCUGGGACGAUGAAACCGGAAUCAAAGAUUAUGUGAUUCGCAACUACUUCAAACCAUCUGAUACGGAUUCAAGUUACGAAAGCCGAACACAGUGUUGCCUUCGCGACAAAGUUUCCAAUUUGGAUCGCUGCGCCGUGUUUGAGAGAGCUUAUCAUUCCUUCAUGUGUUACUACCAAAACUACGGAAACCUCGUGCCGGAAGCCCAGUUCAUACCGUGGUACCAAGUGGAUCGCGAAAAGAACCUGCGAGAAGUGUUUCUCAUCGAGGGCAUUACCCGUGCCCAAUUGUUAAAGUUCCAGAAAAAUGAGGAACGAACCCCGAAAGAAUAUCCCAUUCUUUACUACAUGGAUGUUAUCCGAAAUGCUUUCUACGAUCCGUCUACCGGACAUGAUUUGGGACGACUUUACACACAGUACGGAAUCCAGGAACUUUUGGCAGAUGAGACACGACAAUGUUUGGAUACCGUGAGUCGGAAUUUCUUCGAGGAGCCAACUCGUGCGUACCAGGGGUAUGAUCAGUGUUUGCGUAAAUACUUAACAGUGUAUGUGGAAAAACUGUUGCAGACUGUUGUUGCGCAGGUUUUGGAAUCAAAUAUAGUUUGCUGA